CCUGCGGAAUGUCCCGGUCCUCCCUUGCCCGGCCACGUAAAUCUCCGUGGUGACGGCCUCCUACUAUCCCUUUUCUUCCCUAUGGUCCUGCAGAGUGAAGACUUAAAUCCAAGGUCAUGGCAAAACAUCUGAAGUUCAUUGCCAGGACUGUGAUGGUACAGGAAGGGAAUGUGGAGGGUGCAUACAGGACCCUAAACAGAAUCCUCACCAUGGAUGGGCUCAUUGAGGACAUUAAGCGACGGCGGUACUAUGAGAAGCCUUGCCGCCGGCGACAGAGGGAAAGCUAUGAAACUUGCCGGCGAAUCUACAACAUGGAAAUGGCUCGCAAGAUCAACUUCUUGAUGCGAAAGAAUCGGGCGGAUCCAUGGCAGGGCUGCUGAGGCCUGUGGAUAGUAGGCCCAGUAUGAAAACCCCUAUCCAGUUGUGUCUCCACCUUCUUUCUUUUUCCAACCCCAUUUUCUCUUACCUUUCUUACAAUAAACUCAAUCACAUAUAU